UUUAUAGCGUGCUCAUUCUCUUACACGCUUAUAGAACUCUUGAUUAUUCUUCAUAAUUUUCGGACGCAGCUCAUUUCAACAACACUAUUCUGCUUGAAAAAUAUUAAUCAAUUCAAACUUUCAAACAAAGAAGGCGGCCUUCUACCAGCCAAUCAGAAGUCUCAGUUUGUUUGCUACUGCGGAGAAACAGCUGUUGACGUUGUGCGCAUGCGCGAGUUUAUCUGCUGUCAGCCAGCUCGCUCAGCUGUAGAAACAAAAAUACAGACGGAGUUCAUCAAAGCAAAUCUGAAGGUUGAACAAGUGCCAUCAAGUUGUGAUUGUUUUCGAGUUUUUCAAUUUCUAAGUCAAAGUUUUAGUCAGUUUUAUUCUCAAGAUGUCUGAAAGCCAUUUCGACGAGUACGAGCACUACAAUUUCGACAUGGACAAGCAUAUUUACUCGGGCCACAGUGGAAAACAGCGAUCGAAGAAGGAAGCCAGUGAACACACAAACCAUUUUGACCCGUCAGGACAUUCUAGAAAGAUCGUCAACAAACUAGUCAACACCGAACAGAAUCGUACACGCAAAACAUCCGAAUCAUCGAAAAAGAAUUGAACUUUUUACUUUUGCAUUUAUGGACUUACAUUAUACGGACGUUUUGUGGAUUUUCAGUGACCUGAAAACUUGGGCCCAGUUUAUUGUAAUCAAUACAAUAUAACUAUUUUGGGUACGUAGGUAACAUUAUCUACGUAUCUGUUAUGCUUUUUCUGAAAUAAUUUCCAAGCAAUAUAAAAUCUUAAGCAAUUGGUUUUGAACUUGGAUAAUUUCGUGAAAUGAUGUAUUCGUAUUCGUAAUAAUAAAUACGUUUAUUGUCAGUCA